UGAGCGAGCCUGCAGUGGUAUGACAUCAACAACAGAGCCAUACCCGCGUUAAUUAUCAUGUCCUAGCCCCCCCUUUUGAGUAAGCAUUAAAAAUGAAACUUUUUAUUUGGCGCGGUCACGCAGAACGAUAAUUGAUUCUUGGGAGAUGUGGGGGUGUGCGGGAGGGGGGUCGGGAGAAGUUUUGGGAUUUAAAUUCAGGAGCCACUCUUGUCUCGUUUGCCACAUGCUCUCAGGAUGAGACGAUCUGACGCGGGUCGAAACAGCCGAGCCCUCAAGAACCGGUAGCGUGGACGGCCCAGAUAAGCCUCCUUCUAUCUCAAAUGAGGUGAAAGCCCUCCACGUCUGGCAGAAUUCCCUCCCCACUGACAUAGGCAUGUCGCGGCUCUUCCUGCUUUCGGCAAUGCUCCUCAUCUCCGGCAGCAUCCAGAUGUCCCCCGCCGUCACAUUGGAUCAACUGCAUGAGAGCUGGAAGUUGUACAUGGGCGAAUGUGAGCGCAACAACAGCAAAGCCCCGCUGAGCACUGUGCUUGUGUGCAACAGAACCUUUGACAAGUAUGCCUGUUGGCCCGAUGGACUGCCGAACACGACGGUCAGCGUAUCCUGUCCAUGGUAUCUGCCCUGGUACCAUAAAGUUCAGCACGGUCUGGUGUACCAGGAGUGUGAUGCUAAUGGCCAGUGGCUCACUAUGAAGAACACCAGCGAGUGUGACUCCAAUGGCCCCAGUCAGCAGUACUACAGCCACAUUCGGAUCAUGUACACAGUGGGAUAUUCCCUAUCACUGGUGGCUCUGGUGUUGGCUUUGAGCAUUCUUAUAUGCUUCAGGAAGCUGCACUGCAUGAGGAAUAACAUUCACAUGAACCUGUUUGCGUCCUUCAUCUUGCGAGCGUUGUCCAUCCUGAUUAAAGAUGCGCUGAUGGAGGCAAACAUCACGUCGCAGGACCUGAGCCGGGACCAGGAGCAGGGGUUCCCCCGGGCCUCUGUGUCACCUGUGGACCUGCUGGUGAACAAUGAGAUAACCAUCAGCUGUCGCACGGCCGCGGUGAUGAUGCAGUACAGCAUAUUGGCCAACAGCUACUGGCUCCUGGUGGAAGGAAUUUACCUCCACAACCUGCUGGUCAUCACCGUGUUUACAGAGAGGAACUAUUUCCAGAUCUACCUGUGCAUUGGCUGGGGUACACCGUUAUUAUUCCUUGUGCCCUGGGUGAUUGCAAAAUAUCUCUAUGAGAAUCAUGAGUGCUGGGGCCAGAAUAUAAACAUGAACUACUGGUGGAUCAUACGUUCCCCCAUACUGGUGGCAGUUGUGAUCAACUUCCUGAUCUUCAUCCAUAUCAUCAAAAUUCUUGUGUCCAAACUGAGAGCGCAUCAAAUGAGAUACACAGAUUACAAAUUCAGGUUGGCCAAGUCGACUCUCACCCUCAUCCCACUGCUGGGCAUCCAUCAGGUGGUCUUUAUUUAUGUAACGGACGAGGCCACCGAAAGCACCAUCGGACUGCGUCUCACCAAGCUGAUCAUUGAUCUUUUCUUCUCCUCAUUCCAGGGUCUCCUGGUGGCUAUUUUGUACUGCUUCGUCAACAAAGAAGUUCAGUCGGAGGUCCUGAAAAAGUGGAAGCGCUGGAAACUGGGCCGAAACAUCGAGGAGGAAUACCGCCACACAUACAGCAACACGCCCAACACCAAGACGGCCAGCCUGCUCAACCACGUCUCGCAGCGGCUGCCUCAAGUCGCCGACGGUUCCACCAAGCCGCCGACGCCCGUCUGCAGCCCCGAGGAGUGGCACGUCUUGGUGGCCAACGGCAAGGCGGCGGACCAACACGAGGGCACGCUCAGUAACUGCACCAUGGUGGAUGACAUGGGCCUUCUCGACAAGGCCAAGAGCAAGCACGCCGAGAGCCGCCACUGACUUGAAGCUGUCUUUAUCCUGCACUGAGCGGCGAGGACAGACGCUGAGCGCCACGCGGUAGUCUGAGGUGGUCCGUGUCGGCAUAUCUCAAGGCAGACGAGCCAUGUGAAAUAAUAUCACAACAACAACGCCGAAACCUCACAUUGAAAAAAAAACAGACGUCAUUCGAGCCUCUGCUUUUGUUUGUGUGCAUGUUGCAGUAGCUGAGGCAAAACUGGACACACACAUUACAAUCGACUGCAGAGACUUCCUGUCCCAAAAAUAUUAAUAAGGUGACUAAAAAUGUACAGUAAGUGUUAUGCUUAUAGCUACUGUCUCAUCUAACCGGGGUAUGAGCCAAAGUCUUAUUGAAGGCCACGCUGAUCAAAUUGAAGCCUUCUCCUUCAGUAAAUGUGAACACGAGUGGGCAAUGUGGAUUUAAUAUGUUGUGUUGAUAUUUUUGCAUUUCUAUCUGUGUGCUGUUUGCAUGUUCUCCCCCCGUGCCUGCGUGGGUUUCUCCGGGUACUCCGGUUUCCUCCCAUGUCCCAAAAACAUGCAGCGUAAGUGAAUUGAAAUACCUACCGCUCAAUGACAGCUGGGAUUGGCUACAUAUAUAUCUAGAUCUCAAAAACAUCUGUUAAAAUGACAAAUGCUAAGACGUAGCCACCCAGCGUGACAAUGUGAAAUGUGUGAAGCUACCAGGCUUCAAUUUGGGUUUGUGGAGGUCAGGAUAAUUGGGGCAAAUAUUUUUUAGAAUCCACUUACAUUCUUGUCUCGAUAAGUAUUACCUCCCAAGAAUGUAAAUUCCUCAAAAACAUUGAUCAAAAUUAGAAAUGCUAACGUGUAGUCGGCUAGCGUUGUGAUAUCAAAAGUGUGGCGCAACCAGACAAUUGGCUUGUCAUGGUGUUUCAGAGUUGACUUGACCGCGUUGGCUUAUUUUAAAAAAAGAUUUGGGGCCAAAAGUGGAAAAUUGCCUUUAAAAGAAUCCAUGAAUACCCUGUCUGAACAUCAGAAAAGCCACCCGAGAGCGUAAAAUCAUCCAAAACGACUGUUGGAAUUUGUAAUAAUAACAUGUAGCCAGUUAGCAUUAUAACAUCACAUGUGUGACAUGACCGGAAAAUUUGCUUGACAGGACAUUUCGUACUUGGUUCCGAGUGCUUUCCACACAGCUUGUUGAAUCCAGCGAGUUAAGGAUGCAGGUGAAAUUUUAGCAUUGCGAUUGAUUUCAUUCUUCAUUGAGAAAUGAAGUGAAUCCACACCAAGUCGUUUUGGUGUCAUCCUGCAAACCUUAGUGGAGGUUUUAAAAAUAUGUCCUGUUGUGUGCUGAUUUUGCGUCUGUGUGCAUGGGAAAGUGACAGCUGCUCUGGCCAGGUCAUUCCUGGUUUACAUGCGGGACACCCCCCUCCCCCUGCUCCCACCCCACCACCAAAGAGGUCAAGGGAGGCUAUGGGAUGUAUUAAAAAUAACACGUAAUUGCUUCUGCAGCCUUCGAAGUACUUCUGUCGCUAAAUCCGGCUCCUGUGCAUGAUACCGUGCAGACCAAAGUACUGGCCAAACUGACUAUGAGCGUCGUCUAUCUUAAUCUCAAAGGUGUUUGUGUGUCUGUGGUCUACAAAAACAACCCCAAACCCUGCUAAACUCCUUCCUCAAAUAAACGGCAUGCUCAAAUCGUCAUAAGGCAAGGCAGGCCGAUUUGUUGAUAGCGCGCAUUUCAUACACAAGGUAACUCAAUCUGCUUUACAUGAUUAAAUGUACUAUAUUUAAAAGCAAAGAGGAUUUUUUUUUAAAUCAAUGCCUCCCUCAAAUCUAUGCCAUGGCCCAAAAGACAAUUCAAAGUGCUUUACAUGAACCCUUAAAAGCAUUCCAGAAAGAGAAACAAAAGAUUAAGACAUGGCAAAAAUCACAAUAAAAUCAUCCAGAAGAA